AUGGGGCCUGCGGUGGUUCUACUGCUUGGGAUUGCCAUAUGCAGGGCUUUGGCUGCAGAAGAAUCCUGUGUGCAGCGCUGCGGCACCUUUAACCCUGGGACCAAAUGCCAGUGUGACUCCAUGUGUGUGUACUAUGAGAGCUGCUGCCCCGACUACGAGUCUGUCUGCCCCAAAAAGGCACGAGGCGACACUUUUGCUGAUGUGGAGGAUGUGACAGAGACGGCGACCACGGAGAUGGCGAUCCCAGUGAAUUCUCCGUCUCCCACUCAGACUGAGGCUCCGGUGACUGUGGCCUCUGCUCCAGUCUUCGCCCCCACACAGGAGCCCACAACACAGGGGCCCAUCUCCGAGGACACCAACCCCAACUCGACCACCUGCAGCGGGCAAACCUUCGACGCUUUCCUCCAGCUCAAAAACGGCUCCAUCUACGCUUUCAGAGGAGAGUAUUUCUUUGAGCUUGACGACACAUCUGUGCUUCCUGGUUACCCCAAAGUCAUCGAAGACGUUUGGGGAAUCCCGGGGCCCAUUGACGCAGCCUUCACAAGAAUCAAUUGCCAAGGAAAAACAUACAUUUUCAAGGGAAACCAGUAUUGGAGGUUCGACGGGGACGUUAUGGAUGGGGAUUACCCGCGGGACCUUUCAGUCGGGUUUGAUGGGAUCCCGAGUGACAUGGACGCUGCCUUCGCUGUCCCCGCCCCGAGCCACAGAGGGAAAGAGAAGGCCUAUUUCUUCAAAGAUGACAAGUAUUACGAGUACCAGUUCAAGCAGCAGCCGAGUCACCAGGAGUGUGUGGAGAUGACGCGCUCGUCCCCCUCGCUGCUCUUCAUGCGCUACACCGACCUGUUCUGCGACCGCACCUUUGAGGGCAUGUUCUCGGAGCUGUUCGGACCCCCACCCAGCAGCAUUACCCGCGGCCCUCGCCUCAUCAGCCAGGACUGGGCAGGUCUGAGUUACCCCGUAGAUGCAGCCAUGGUGGGACGGGUCAAACUUGCCCCCAAACCCACCCCUCGACCUGCGACCAAAGGCAGCCGCUACAAGAAGAGGAGACAGAACAAGAGACGCAACUCUCGCAAAACCCGCCACGCGUUGUUUGGGGAUAUUUUUGAUGGUAUUUUAGACGAUCUCUUUGACUACGAGGAGUACACAGACUACCCAGACCUGAGCAGCUCCAUACAGACGUACCAAGCACAGCUGCAGCAGGUGAAGCCAACGCCAGUUCAGAAUGUCUACUUCUUCAAAAAAGGUAAAUAUACCAGAGUGGACCUCAAGCGGAAGAGAGUGGACAUUGUGCGACCUCCUUACCCACGAUCCAUUGCGAAAUACUGGCUCGGUUGCGAGAGUGAAGAAACUCCUGAUACUUCGAGAGCUGAAAAAUAA